UUUUAGUAGUAGGUAGGAACAUGUCAUAUUAGUUGUCAUAAAAUCUAAAAUGGAAACGACAAUUUUCACAAAUAUUUCUUAUAAUUAUCCCAAUCAUACUCACGAGGCUCAUUUUGCCAGAAAAGAAAAAUUGUGUUGGGUUCUAGUGGCUUUGGUUGCUGUCUUACCGAUGAUAUUAUUGGCUUUGAGGAUUUGUAAAAAAAUUUCAGAGUAUAGAGAAUCUCGUAGACAAUGUCGUAAUGGUUCUAGUGAUACUAACCUAGAAGUUUCAGACCCCAGCUUUAUUUAUACCAUUCCAGUCAAGCAAGAUUACGUUAAUUUGGCGCCGCCAUGUUAUUCCUUAACGCCUCCAACUCCAACCUAUGAACUACCACCUCCGUACUCACCAACCAUAAGAUGACAUUUAUUCGUAUAAUAUAAUUAGAAGUUCCAAGCUUGUCGGUCUAAGGAGUUAGAUCAGGGAGACUUUUGAGACGCUUCCAGAAGAAGAUUUCCUAACCAAUUUGGCACUCGAUAUUCACAUAAGCUGGAAGGCACCGUGAACCGCGGACUACGGCCAAUUUCCAAUAUAAAUUAGAAUGGCGAACCGCCUUUUCAUCACCACCAGUAAAACCAUGUGGAGGAAUACCUUGGUUGCUGAGAGGACCUUGGAGGAUUCUCCAAACAGGCUGUAUUGGAUACAGGGGUACAGAGAACCGUCAGAUCCUGUCGCACAAAUCCCACAAUAGUGGAUAAUCGUCUCCAAUUUGAGCAGUUCAGCCCUUAUGUGCGAUCUCUCGAUUCAAAACCACCUGGUCCCCUUGUCGUUUUCUACCAGACUCCUCUGUCACACGUCCACCGCACCCAACAACAAGGACUUGGCGUAGAAAAGCGCGCCUUGUUUAAAAAUAAGUGUAAGUAGCACAAGACAAACUUCCCUUCAAGAAACAACCAAUAAUCACAUCUUGUCCCCUUAUUAGAUACUUCGGAUUAGUUCGAAUCAAUAUAGAUCUCACAUGAAAACACGGCCACAGAAUCCAUAAAAUCUCUGAAUUUUCCAAAUGAUGGAAAUAUGACGCAUUGACGCCAUCUACCAACACAAUCAAAUGUUCAACAUAGUACCGUGCAAUAUUCUAUAGAUAGUACCGGCGGCGAGAACUAUUGGUGGACCCAAAAAUUACCGAAAAAUGGUCGGAGUCGAUUCCAAGCGUUUUAGCAACAAAAUAUUUAAUUAUCAACAACCGCUGUUGCUACGAUGCAAAGUACCAUGAAAGGUACCCGAAACAUGGGCGCAUAUCGACCAAAAUCGCGGUUGCUGCGGAAGAACAAUGCCGUACCAGAGAAUAUAAUCAUAUGAAGAGCUUAAUAAUAACAAAAUAUGCCUGAAAUUGUCACAAGGAAAUUUAUGAACAUAAUAAGGCCAGUGCAGUGAUAUUUACUUCGGAUUUGCGCUUCGGUUUCGUUAAUUCCUCGAUGAUUUGUUUUUCCUUGAUGGUAUAGGCCUGGAUUAUUUCACUUUGUCUUUCUUUGCUAUUGACAUCUUCUAGGAAAAAGUUACAUUUGAUAAAGUCGAAUGCAAAAUUUUUCAAAGUUUUUUUAAGGAUGUUGUAUAGAGGAACAUAAAGAUCUUCAUCCCUAAAAAAUAUUACAUAGGUAAGCUUCCUUCUAAGUUAUUCUUGCUUACUUGGACAUGUAGCCUGGAUUUGUUAAGGAAAGCUACUUCUCUUAUUGGCUUUGCUGGAUUAUAUUCAACAGACUUGAGCACAAUUUGGUUAUUGUAUUAGUUAAGGGCUCUUUCGCUAAUUGGAAUGCCGAGUAUAGGUUCUUCCUGAGCAAUGUGUCUAGUUUCGUUAUCUUCUUCCGUAUCGGCUUGUGUGUGUUCUAGAUUAUCUAGUAUUUCACUGAUGACCUUUUGUAUCUUCGCUUGGGAAGCGGGUUUCUCUAGAACUUCGUCUAUGUUGAAGAUUGAUUCUGCAUUGUUGUACAAAGAUGCGUUAUCUUCGUCUUGUGGUGGUUGGGCUAUUUCUUUGAUAUGAAUUUCGACUCUGGACAGAGCAUCUGCAUUAGUGUUUGAUUUUCCCUUCUUAUAGAUUAUCUCAUAAUCAAAUUCCUCCAGCUUUAAGCGCCAUCUAACUAUUUUGGAACUAUUGUCUUUCAUGGAAAAAGCCAUUGGAGAGAACGGUGAUCUAAAAGUAUCUUGAACUUUCUCCCAAAAAAGUAAGGUCUGAAUUACUUGGUGGCCCCGAUUAUGGCUAACAUUUCCUUUUCAAUGGUGGAAUAUUUCAACUAGGUUCCGUUGAGUGUCCUGGACGCGUAUGCAAUGGACUAAUCGCUACCGAUUGGUCCUUAGAAUAGUAUAACUCCAAUUGCAUCAGUAGUUAGAUUAAAAGACUUGCUAAAGUCUGGAUAUUGCAGAAGAGGUCGAUUUGUCAGUAAAGUUCUAAUGCAGUUCAAAAAUUCUGGUUUCAGUUCUAUUUUAGCAACCUUUUUGAGGCAGGAAGUUAGAGGUUUAGUAAUUUUUGCGAAUUCCUUGAUAAACUUCCUGUGAUAUCCAAGGAGGCCUAGAAAUCCUCGGAUUUCCUUCUUGGUUCGCGGUAUUGGAUAGUCAAGUAUGGCUUUAAUUUUAGCCGGAUUUGGUUUUAUUUCUUCUGGUGUUACAAUUUGUCCAAGAAAGGCCAACUAUAUUUUUUUAGGAACUUGCAUUUGUCCAUUUGAACUUUAAAUCCUGUUUCUCUGAGACGUUGGAAGAUUUUUGAAAGAUAAACCAGAUGCUCUUGAAGUGUGCUGAACACAAUGAUAUUGUCCAUGUACACUAAGCAAUUUUCUCCUUGAAGGCCUUUCAAGACGUUAUCCAUUAUCCUCUGGAACAUAGCUGGAGCGUUUUUUAGGCCAAACGGCAUCCGGACAUACUCGUAAUAGCCAUUUUCGAUAAUUGAAACCAGCUUUCGAUUUGGUGAAAAUAACUUGCCAGAUCCAAGAUCGUGAAGUACUGACAUCUACGUCGAUAGUUUUCUCGUUCACUUUCCUAGUCCACUACUAUCCGUCAUUUUAUUUUUCCGGAGGCGUCUGGUUUUUUUGGAACUAUCCAUAUCGAAGAAGACCAAAGUGACUGGCUUGGUCUGAUAAUUCCUUGAUCCAACAUGGAAGAUAUCUGAUUUUUCAGUUCCUCUUUAUGGAUAUUGUAGAUUUCUAUAUGACUUGAGGUACACUGGAAUAUCAUCUUUUGUUUUAAUAUGGUGUUUGAUCUGGUUUGCAAGGAUAAUAGAAAAUGUCUACAUACUUCCUACAUAAAUUUUGUAUUGCUUUUUCUUCCUCUGAAUUUAGGUGAUUAGUUCUGAUUUCUGGAAUCUUGCCAGCCAUGCGCUAACGGAGAUUCUUGAGAAAUUAGAUACGUGGUGUAGAUAUGAAACUUAUUAAGGUCCAACUGCGUGCUGAUGACUGGAGUUGUCAGCGCUAUCUGAAGUUCUUCGUCGAUUGUGUUGACAAUGUCAGUCCAAGCGAGUUGAUUUCAAGCAGAUGUGAGUGUUUCGUUAAUUUGUGCGCCCUGGAAGUUCUUGUUUUGAUAGAAGGAUCGUACCCUGAGGUUCUUUUACCGGAAGCCGUACUCGGGAAACAGUGUUGAAUGGAUGGAAUAGAAUUGGAUUUUGAUUCUUUCGUAAUAUUCAAUUGGGAGAGUGGCGUUUUUUGUGACAAGCAAUGACUCUGGUAGGUCCAAUUUGGCCUGGAGUAGCUUGAGGUUAUCGAGUCCAAUGUUUGGUGGAACUUGAAAAGGUAGAAUUUUGCGUUUUCAUUCGAGUUGAAUUCUGGAAACCAAUAGUCCAAGAGCCCAGAGCCGCCAGACACAACUUAUUUUCUAAAGGACAGAAUAUGUGGGAUUGUGUAGCACUUAUAUGUACUAUGAACGUAUGGAUACCCGCUAAGUUGGGUAGACGGCCAAUUUACCAACAUCAGGUGCGAAAGCUGAAGAAAGCUUUAACUUUUGUUCUAACCCUUGAUUUUUAUAUAUGGUAUUGGGGAGACCAUUUCAUAACUACGUGUGCUCAGCCAGACCAAUCGCACCGGCCAAACAUCCCCCCAGACGCAAAAUAAUUUUUCCGGGAGUGUAAGCGCGAGGGUACUAUGCAUGCGUUUGAGAGUGAGCGAGAUAUCAAUGUCAACUGAUUUCCCACUCUUAAACUUACAGUCUACUCUAGGCUAGAGUAGAAAUGGGAUUAGGUUUUUCCCAUGAGAGAAAAAACCGUUAUUUACAAAUAACAGUGAAUUGGCCGUCUACCCAACUUAGCGAAUAUACAUACGUUCAUAGUACCUAUAAGUGCUACUCAAUCCCAC